AUGAGGAGAACUAACCUCCAGGAACCACCUGAACAUCAAAAUGAAGCUGAUCUUUUCUCUGACACUCACCUGGGCACUCUACAGCACAGUAACAACCGCAACACCAACAACCACUACAGCAGCAGCAACAACUACAACUACGGCAGCAACCACUACAACUGCAGCACCCACCACCACAACUUCAACACCAACAACUACAGCAUCAACAACCACAACUGCAGCACCAACAACCACAGCACAAACCACCAUAACAGAGGCAGAGACAACCACAACCGCAGCACUUACCACCACAAAUCCAAUAACAACCGCAACACCAACAACCACAACUGCGGCAGCAACAACCACAACUGCGGCACCAAACACCACAACCACAGCACCAACCACCACAACUGCGCCACAACUGCAGCAGCAACAACUACAACUACGGCAGCAACCACUACAACUGCAGCACCCACCACCACAACUUCAACACCAACAACUACAGCAUCAACAACCACAACUGCAGCACCAACAACCACAGCACAAACCACCAUAACAGAGGCAGAGACAACCACAACCGCAGCACUUACCACCACAAAUCCAAUAACAACCGCAACACCAACAACCACAACUGCGGCAGCAACAACCACAACUGCGGCACCAACAACCACAAUCACAGCACCAACCACCACAACUGCGGCACCAACAACCACAACCACAGCACCAACCACCACAACAGAGGCAGCAACAACCACAACCGCAGCACUUACCACCACAACUGCAGUAACAACCGCAACACCAACAACCACAACUGCAACACCAACAACUACAACUACAGCACCAACAACCACAACUUCAGCACCAACAACCACAACCACAGCACCAACCACCACAACAGAGGCAGCAACAACCACAACCGCAGCACUUACCACCACACCAACUGCAACACCAACAACCACAACUGCAACACCAACAACUACAACUACAGCACCAACAACCACAACUUCAGCACCAACAACCACAACCACAGCACCAACCACCACAACAGAGGCAGCAACAACCACAACCGCAGCACUUACCACCACAACUGCAGUAACAACCGCAACACCAACAACCACAACAGCGUACCAACCACCACAACUGCGGCACCAUCCACCACAACCCCACCACCCACCACAACUUGCGGCAGCAACCACCACAACCGCAGCACCAACCACCACAACAACCACUACAACUGCAGCACCCACCACCACAACUUCAACACCAACAACUACAGCAUCAACAACCACAACUGCAGCACCAACAACCACAGCACAAACCACCAUAACAGAGGCAGAGACAACCACAACCGCAGCACUUACCACCACAAAUCCAAUAACAACCGCAACACCAACAACCACAACUGCGGCAGCAACAACCACAACUGCGGCACCAACAACCACAAUCACAGCACCAACCACCACAACUGCGGCACCAACAACCACAACCACAGCACCAACCACCACAACAGAGGCAGCAACAACCACAACCGCAGCACUUACCACCACAACUGCAGUAACAACCGCAACACCAACAACCACAACUGCAACACCAACAACUACAACUACAGCACCAACAACCACAACUUCAGCACCAACAACCACAACCACAGCACCAACCACCACAACAGAGGCAGCAACAACCACAACCGCAGCACUUACCACCACACCAACUGCAACACCAACAACCACAACUGCAGCACCAACAACCACAACUACAGCACCAACAACCACAACUUCAGCACCAACAACCACAACCACAGCACCAACCACCACAACAGAGGCAGCAACAACCACAACCGCAGCACUUACCACCACAACUGCAGUAACAACCGCAACACCAACAACCACAACAGCGUGCGGCAGCAACCACCACAACCGCAGCACCAACAACUACAACUGCAGCACCAACCACCACAAGUGUGGCAGCAACCACCACAACCGCAGCACCAACAACUACAACUGA